CACUUCGCCUAGCGUUGUGCUGAAGCUCUGGCCCUCGACCCCCGGGACCCCGGGACUGCAAUGAGCCCCUGCGGGCGGGCCCGGCGACACACAUCCAGAGGGGCCAUGGCAGUACUGGCGUGGAAGUUCCCGCGGACCCGGCUGCCGGUGGGAGCCAGUGCCCUCUGCGUCGUGGUUCUCUGUUGGCUCUACAUCUUCCCUGUCUACCGGCUGCCCAACGAGAAGGAGAUCGUGCAGGGGGUGCUGCAACAGGGCACAGCGUGGAGGAGGAACCAGACGGCGGCCAGAGUCUUCAGGAAACAGAUGGAGGACUGCUGUGACCCCGCCCAUCUCUUUGCUAUGACUAAAAUGAAUUCCCCCAUGGGGAAGAGCAUGUGGUAUGAUGGGGAGUUUUUAUACUCAUUCACCAUUGACAAUUCAACUUAUUCUCUCUUCCCCCAGGCAACCCCAUUCCAGCUGCCCUUGAAGAAAUGCGCGGUGGUGGGAAAUGGUGGGAUUCUGAAGAAGAGUGGCUGUGGCCGUCACAUAGAUGAAGCAGAUUUUGUCAUGCGAUGCAAUCUUCCUCCGUUAUCAAGUGAAUACACUAAAGACGUUGGAUCCAAAAGUCAUUUAGUGACAGCUAACCCCAGCAUAAUUCGGCAAAGGUUUCAGAACUUGCUGUGGUCCAGAAAGACGUUUGUGGACAACAUGAAAAUCUAUAACCACAGUUAUAUCUACAUGCCUGCCUUUUCUAUGAAGACGGGAACAGAGCCAUCCCUCCGGGUGUAUUAUACACUGUCAGAUGUCGGUGCCAAUCAAACAGUGCUCUUUGCAAACCCCAACUUUCUGCGUAGCAUUGGAAAGUUCUGGAAAAGUAGGGGAAUCCAUGCCAAGCGCCUGUCCACAGGACUCUUUCUGGUGAGCGCAGCCCUGGGCCUCUGUGAAGACGUGGCCAUCUAUGGCUUCUGGCCCUUCUCUGUGAAUAUGCAUGAGCAGCCGAUCAGCCACCACUACUACGACAACGUCUUGCCCUUUUCUGGCUUCCAUGCUAUGCCAGAGGAAUUUCUCCAACUCUGGUAUCUUCAUAAAAUUGGUGCACUGAGAAUGCAGCUAGACCCGUGUGAGGAUCCCUCACUCCAGCCCACUUCCUAGGGACAAAUGCAAACAGAAAGAACUGAGCCAGGGUAUUUUUGUUAGGUUUUCUACGUGACUCCAAAAGGAAAUGGUCAAGUCAUUUCAUGGAUUUGCAUGGGCCACUUGGAAAAAACAGAACAAAACAGAGGAAAUUCUACUUUUAAUGUUGGCUUGGAGAACAAAUAAGAAAUGAAACGUCCUAUGAAAUAUUUUUAGCACACUGUGGAUUUGCAACUCGGAACAUGCUGAUGAAAAGAUGUUGGUAAAGCACAUUUACAUGGUUCAAAUCUAGAAGAUGCAGUUCAAAAAUAAGAUGGAACUCAGAUCACUGAAGCUGAGGAACUAAUCAAAGUACGAUAAGGACAUGAUGCCGGGUCAAGUGUCAGUGACUAGCAACACAAACUGGCUUCAUUAGAACACCUAUCUUCCUAAGACUGACAUUAGAACCAUAGGUUUUAAAAAAAAUUAUUGUUUAUUUUUGCCCUAUUUAGGGGCAGUGAGUGGGUGAUGAGGUAGAUAAAAAAAAUCCCUGACUGAGUAAUAAGGAUACAAAACGCUCCAGCUGAUUAUUGUGAUUUGUUGAACCAAGUCUAUGUUAACGAUAGUCCCCCUCAUUUUUUAAAUGUCAAAUAAGAAUGGUUUCCUCCCCUUUUGUCAAGUCUACGUAGACAGUGUGAAGCAUUGUUGAAUUUAGACUGUGUUGAUUCAUAGUCCAGCUAACACGAGCCGCUCUCCCUCCUCCCGAGAAUGUAGGGCGUAAACCUAUUUUUAGGUCUGCAUCAUGAAAGCUUGUGUUUGCAUUAUUAUUAUAUUUGAGUGCAAAAAGACUGCAAAUGUGAGUGCAUUAUUUAUUUGCAAAUUGGCAUAAUGGUCAUCAUAACAAUGUUCAGAGAUGAAGUAAAGCACAAUGUCUAAAUGAAAUUGAAUAUGGAGGUUAUUAGAGAAAUCAGCAGUUAAAAUGUGACUGGUUGACGUAAUAGAUUAUAUCGGUGCUUUGAAAGUUAAGAAAUCGAGAGUGUCGAUUCUGUGCAGAACUGAUUCGCUAUUUUGAUCCCAUCUAGCAGCAAAAAUGUAAUGAGAAUGUACUAUGAGUGAGUUACGUUAAAUAUUCACAGUAUGUACUACCCUAAAUAUAUUUCCUCUUUUGAGCUAUUUUAUUAUUUAAUAAUUACCUAAAAAGAACGCAUUUUUACCUAUACACUUCAUCAGAAAUGUGAAAGGGCUAACAAAAAACACAAAUAAAUAUUGUUAAAAUAUGUGCCACUCACAUUAGUACCCUGUUAAAAUGUAAUUAAUGAGCCCCAUAAAACCCAUGUAUCAAGUUCUAUUGAAAAUGCUAUCUGGAAAUUUUACAUCUUGUUAUGAUUUCUGGUCUAGAUUUAUGCAAUAGAUUUGUACAAUGUUUAGUCUGUAAAUUGGUGGCUUCUGAAAGACAGAACAGAAAUGGCCCCAACUAAUAAUAUUUCAUAUGACCAGGGCUUCUCGAGUGAGGUGAUCCUGGUGGCAUUUGGCAGUGUCUGGAGACACUUUUGAUUGUCACGAUUCGGAGGGUGCUAUUGGCAUCUACUGAGUCGAGGUCAGGGGUCCUGCUGAACAUCCCACAAUGCACGGGUCAGCCCCUGCACAACAAAAUUAUCCAGUCUAAAAUGUCAGUGGUGCCAAGGUUAAGAAACCCUGGACUAGACCAAAAUGAAAUUUUGAUUGUUCCCCCAUUGUCUUCAUUUAAGGAUACACAUACAUGCUCACGUCGUUAUGAGUAUGACUACAAUUUAAUGAGAAUGUUUUCUUAGAGCAGAUUAUAGUUUGACAUUAUUUUGUAGUGACAACUCACAGGUGUGCCAUACAUACUCCCUUUUCUGUGGUUACACAGAUGGUGUGUGUGUACGUGUGUCACAUGAAGUUAUCCAUCUUUAUUCUUAUUGAAAUAUAUGUGUUCCUAAGUUAGGAUCUCUCUAGAAUUAUCUUGCAGAGUACUCUGGACUACACUGUUACUAUAAAGAAGUUGAAUUCCAAACUCCCAUUAUUUUAUUUUAUCUGAAAAGACCUGAGAAUUGGGCCUCAUACUUUGCCAAAUUUAAUAUUACUGACCCUUAAGAUUCAGCUCAGAUGAUAUUCAGGUUGUGAUAGACACAUUGAAUAAGAAGAUAUUUCAUCACUUUCAAUGCAUCUGCCAAGAGAGGGCAUCACACUCUAACAUCAGUCUAAUUUUUCUUUUUCUUUUUUUUUUUUUUUUGGUGAAGCAGAUUGGCCCUGA